AUGCUGUACUCUAGCGUGGAAGAGUACGAUCUGCUAGACAACAGACUCAUAUUCGUUUCAGAGCCCGAGAAAGAGAACGGGCCCGCACAGAUGCAGAUGCAGACACAGACACAGAAGCUCGCUACGGCGCAGCGCGAGCGCCAGUCCGAGCUUGGCGAGCCCACCAUGCUGCUGCAGGACGCGGAUUUGGAUCCCGUGCUCAGCUUGUACUACCCAAUGGCCACGGCGGGGCCCGCGGUUGAAACCCCGGGCAACUCGAACUCGAGCGUGCUGUCGUUCUCGACCACGUCCUCGGGCCCGCUGUUCAGCCAAACCUCGCUGUACGACAUGGAUUUCUACGCGGCCGGCUUCGCCGGCCGCUCUGCCAGCGUCGAUACCGACGUGGGCUUCGGCGUGCUGGCACGAGACCCAUUGAUGUCCUACACCGCUGGAGAGCUGAGCACGUCGCUGGACAGGGGCCAGUCCGACAGCCCGCUUCUCAGUGCAGGCGAUGUGAUGGACGUGGGCAGCCUCGCGGGCACAGCUACUGGCACCGUCGUGCACGUGCCAGAGCACGUGCGCGCUACUGCGCAGGGCAUCAUAGACGCUGGAGACACGGACGCUGAUGUGGACGUGCACGGCGACGGCGACGGCGAUGGCGAAUACGACGCCAGUGAGGAUAUCAGUGAUUCCGAGCCCCACCCCAAGGUCCCUCGCCAGCGCCGUUUCUCCUCGCGCACAUCUUCUUCAAGCACACUCGCAUCGGCCUACGGCUCCUCAAGUAAGAAAGUCUCGGACUCGAGACUCUCGGCGCAGGGCCUGGCGGAGGUUCUCAACCUGGACUCCGCGGAAGAAGCGCUGCGUCGUGAACGGUUCAUACUCGACAUUUUCGAGCGUGAGCUCCAUUACCCAUUGGGCUACAAGACGUGGGUCCGUGAUACCUCGAAGGAGUACCGUACCCAGCUGCUCGAUCAGUUGCACUCGCGCGUCGUCAAGACGUACCCGGAGUACGACAAGCCCGUUCUCGAGACAAUCAUCAGGAGAGCGACAUAUUACAUGAUGCAGAGCCGGCUUAGAAGAGAGCGCAGGGCAAAGGCAAAGUUAAAGCGCGACCAAGACAAAAAAAAUGACUCCAAGAGACGUAGCACUACCAGCAGGAACUCCAAGUUAGGACUGACACGUUACGGGGGCUCUUCGGGUACCACGUUUAUGAUGUAG